UCAUUCAUUUUUCUUCUAACCUGCCCGCCAUUUUGUAGCAAACCACCUGAACAUUUCGUGCGCAAUAACUUUUUAAGUGAUUAUUCAAUAAAUAUAGUGUUAAGUGAUUCAAAAUAUACACAAUGGUCCCGCAAACGAAAGUUUUCGUCGGCAGCUUGCCUCAGGGCUCCAAACCCGAGGAUCUUCGCAAAUUGUUUGAACGCUUCGGCGUCGUCACAGAAUGCGAUAUCAUGAACAGAUGCGGAUUUGUGCACAUGCAGACCGAGGAGCAAGCGUCGGCAGCUAUCCGCGGUCUCAAUAAUACCACAUUCAACGGCGCCGUUAUUUCUGUGGAACGGGGACGUAUAAAGGAGCGCGGUCAGCGAGGCGGUGGCCGCGGCGGUGGAAUGCGUGGUGGUAUGCGCGGCGGCAUGGACCGACGAGGUGGCGGACCUAUGCGUGGAGGAGCCGGCGGCGCCCGCGAUGCACCGUACAUGCGCGACUCGAGGCCUAUGGGCUAUAUGCGGGGUGGUGAUAUGCGCGGCCCACCGAUGGGUGGAAUGGGCAUGGGCGGCGGCGCUCGUAACGGAAUGGGAGGCGGCUACGAACGCGGACCUGAGCGGGCACCGGGCGGCUACGACGACCGAUACAACGGCUAUGGUGGAGAAGAUAGACGUGGUUUCGCGUUGAUGGACGGUCGCGCACGUGACCCCUACGCGGCGCCAGCCCCCAUGUACCCUGAGGAGAGACGCGGGUACGGUGUCGAGGAGAUUCCAGUAAUGGAUGGAUAUGAUCGUAGAGCUCCAAUGUACCCAGAUGAGCGGGAUAUAAUAGAAAGACGCGCGCCAAUGCGAGGUGCUCCAAUACCAAUGGUGUCCAGCUAUGACCGUGGAGCGCCAAGGGCAGCACCCAUGGGUAAUGGCGAUAUGUUUAGCAGACGAUCACCCAUGCACGGUAGCGGCUACGACCGGGAUCCCUAUGGUACACAACAGUACGCCCCUAUGGGACGCGGGGCCGGCGGCGCGGCGCGCGGCGGUAGAGACGACGGCGGCAUGCUCCCGCGCCGCUACUGACUUACGGGCUCCACGCCGGCGGAUAACUAGUAUAAGGCGAAGAUUCAAAUCGUUGAUAUGCCCUGACCAUAGCUCAUUUGUAGCAUUAUUCUUCUAACGAAACCUGUUACGCGCACAAAGUGCAGAGUAAUUAAUGUUCAGAUGUCGAGCCCUGAUAAUUGUGUCGUCUCUUUCUCUCCUGCGACAAUUGUAUCUUAAAUAAUUAUUCCUGAAUAUGUUUAUCAACGGAAGGUGAUAUAGUCGCGUAUUUAUACCACAACCAUUUUUUAUUUGUUUUACUAGAAUGAUUUGUGAAAUUUUUAAAUGCAUAGAAUGCUAUUUUGAGAGAUUUUUCUUGGAAAAUCCAUGACGAUAAAUCAACCAACUCACUGUUUAUAUGGGCUCUGAUUUAAUCUAGUGAGAUCACGGUGAACAUUUCAAUACGUCCGUAGUAGGGUUAGGGCAUAUCUACUAUUGCAAUCUUUGGUACAAGUAGGAUAAGUCCACGUGAACAAACUGUCUAUAGUCUUCCCGAACGGUACACGUAUCGGAGCGUCGCGUUGCGUUCGUAAGCGAUAUGUGGGCGGUGCGGACGACCGUAGUAGGUUCGAGAUUAUACGGUAAGCCGACGUAGUAUUAAGAAAUCGAAUCAUCAUGUGAAAUUAAAUUAAUAAAUGAAACUAAUUUGGA